AUGGCUGAAUAUAUCAAGGAAAUGGUCGGAAACUGCCAAUAUUGCCCUACACGAUAUCCUGGAGGAAGGAAAAACCCUGACAACGUCUACUACUCCCGCAAAUGGGGCUAUACGGUCUACCGGACAUACUACAAUAAGGAGUCUGAUGAAGCUUGGGAAAUGCUCUUAUACUCUCUGGAACAUCAGACCAAAUUGGCAUUGAGCGGCUUUAGAGAAGAGGGUGUCGAUGAAGAUAACGUGCAUAUUGACCCCGAAAAUAUUCAACGACUGAAGAAUUUCCUUAUGAUUGAAGGUCGUGAAGACCUUUCGCAAUUUAAAGACCUCGAUGCUCAAGAUACCGGGUCAAAGACGCCGGUCUAUCGAUUCGUACUACUCGCUGACGAGGCAACUUUCAAGGAUAUAGCAAACGGCGAAUUCGUUGUCAAAGCUAUCUCAUUGCAGCUGCCGGCGGGGAACAGUUGGCCAGGAGCCUGGAUGCGAAUCCCGAUAGGUUAUCUAUUGGACCUAUGGUUUUUGCUUUAUGAUUGGUCAAGCAGUAUAGAAAAGGCACUGGGGUUCAGUGGUUCUGAGGAAGAACUUCACUCUUGGAUCUGGCCGGGUGAUGAUGAUCGCCGUAGCACUGCGAGGUAUUCUGAGAUUCGAGGCUUCCCACAUUACAAUAACCAGACGCACUUUGAGGAUUCGUGGCGCAGACGACGCGCUGGACCUACCGAGCCGGAUCAAGAGGGAAAUUUUAGGAGAGUCAAAUUGCGGAGAUCUCCAGAUUCGUCACCGUCAGCCCAUGCCUCCUCGGACGACGAGGAUAGGCCUCUACGUCUCGGACUAGUAUUAGAGGCCCGACGAAGGAAGGAGCAUGCAUCUGAAGAUGUUGAAGCCGCAGACUAG